AAAUCGCUCUGGGACGCUAUCUAAUCACCAAUGUAAAUAGCAACCAGGUCUUCCUAGCAGCGGGUAAACAAAGCUAUGGCUGUGCUUCCUACAUGUGUAUUUCAGUUUGGUAGUUACGCCUUGGCUCCCAGUCAAGUAGGCACGCCGGAUGGGACACCGGCUACUUUUCUAUAAGUUUUAGUUUCUAUAUUAGUGUCUUACUUUAGCGUUACUGUCCUCUAGGGCUAGUACUCGGGCACGGAAGGUGCGACACUGAAAGGAACAUAUCCUAAGACAUUUAAAGGAGGACUUUUUACAACCACUUGAGGAUGGCGGCAGGACCAGUGCUUGCAGGUCGGGGUUUUCCGACUAUGUUCGGAGAAAUCCGUGAUCAGAAUGUGACAUUUUGUGUGGACACCUCGGGCAGUAUGUACAAUCACCUGAGUGUAGUGAAGGACCAUCUGACUGAAGCACUGCUGAAGAUAGCCUACACAGCUCCGGACAAAACAUUCAACAUCGUCGAGUUUUCUACUGAGGUUGACCAGUGGGCUGACCGUAUGGUGAAAUGUACGCCACACACAGUCACCAGAGCUGCGGGCUGGAUUCGCGCCCUGACCCCAAAGACAGGAACAAACACCUUAGAUGCCUUACUGACUGCUCUGGGUGACCCAGGGUGCACGGCGGUGUACUUAGUGACGGACGGCCUGCCCGACCAGGCUCCCCACGACAUCCUCCAACACGUGGCCUACUCCUCCCGCGGUCGCCCCAUUCACUGCAUCUUCCUGACACACACCUUCGCUGAUGCAGCCGCGCACGACUUCCUACAGGACCUUGCCGUGCAGACCCGUGGUUCCUUCCACAUCAUCACCCUUACUGUGGAGGGAAACGUUCACAGGGUCACGCCGGUCUAUCGCGCCGACCAUUCGGGGAAGCGCCCACUAGGCGGUCCUCUGUACCCACCACUAAAGUCGUCCAGUGUGAUGACGAGACUGGACCAUAACCCCUUCCUGGAAGGGACGGACCCCACGCCGAUCGUCACAUACACACCGUGGGAGCCAACCGUCUCGUACACACCACUAGACAGAGUGGUAACAGUACCGAGUGUGGCAACAGGGACAUACACUCGCCCCCUGAAACUCAGGAACACCAUAACGGGGAAGAUCGUGGACACGACAAGUCUGGAGUUCUCUCCAUCCGCAAGUCUCAUCAUGCGCGGGACAAGAGUGUUGGCCAGACGAGAUGAGGAUGGUUACUACUACAUGGGCACUGUGGCAAAUCAACUUCCCGAUGCAAAGGGCCGUUUCAUGAUCGAGUUUGACAAGGUGCCAACAUUGAAGAGUCGUAUGCAGGAGACAGGCAUCUAUGACAUGAUCGCCCAUGUGGAUGCCUUCCGACACAAAAUUGUUCCUGGUGACAAGGUGCUGGCACCAUGGGAGGUAACAGGGCAGAGAUUUGGGCCUGGCACAGUGCUGGAAGGGGUGGAGAGAAGAUUUGAAGACAGUAUUGAUGAUGAUGAAGAUCUGGUGGUGACUUUCUGGAAUGGUAAAACGGAGUCUGUCCCCCGACACAAGGCCAUCUGGAUCCCCCUCAUGCUGUAUGAGAGAGUCAUCUUUGAGCUGCAGAUGCCGGUGGCGGCUCGAGAGAAGUUUCUGGAAGCGAAUCCAGGCUGGCCGUACGAGUCUCCGCCCGGGUAUCCAUCCACGUACAUCGUGGGCGACCCUGCCGAGUUCACUCCGCCCAAACCUGCACGAAUCAGGUCUCCCCAUCUAGUCAGCAGUACCAGGCACGUCUACGUACCAACACACUACCCAACCUACCCAUACCCCUGGUAUUGGUACCCAGCUGUUCCAUCCACUCUGGAGACAGAGGAUGAUGGGAAAAUUCCUGGGGCGGACGUGACGAAAGAUCAGCUGAACAGGAAAGUGUUACAGCAGCUGCGGGAGAACAAGCUCCUCCUGGACGACACACGGGAGGAGAUGAAAGAUCUGAGAAGGUCUCUAAAGAAAUCCAAGUCUAUUGAUAGUGGCCUGAGUUCACUAAGUGACUAUGAGGACUGGUAUGACUACGAGGACUACACACCCAGGGACAAGUCUACAAACACUGACUGGAGCCUUUACAAGGACACCAAAGGGACACAGAAGGAUGAGCGUCCUCCUUGGAGAUACUGGUCAAGAACGCCGAGAUCUCCUGUAUCAAAGGCACCCCAUCCCCCAACGUCAAAGCCAAUGAAGAGGUAUCCUGCGUUUCGUGACACCACAGUCAACACUCCCAUGGAACUGCUUCGUGGGCCCAAUGAUGAACAAGUUGUUGAACACGAUGUUGUCCCGCGUGGAAGUUACGGACAGACAAAUUCUCGGAAGCUAACACCUGCAAGACCAUACACCGCACCGGGAAAUGGGAGAAAAGCGACCAUUGUCACGGGGCCUAAUGAUUAUGACUAUUCUGUCUUCAACACGGUCAACCACUCCCAACCACCAGCACAGCCGCCACAGGGACCACCAAACAAGAGCUCUGCUUUCCAGAAUGUUGACCACACCUUCAGACGAAGCAUCGACAUGAGGGAAGCCAUGAUGCACCCCCAGCCUCCGCCGGCCUCUCCUUACCUGGCACAGAGACAAGAUGAGUCUUCUGCACUUUCCAGGGAUGUUGAACCAGAUUCUUUGGACAUGCAGCUUGUUCCCAUAGAAACCUUCAAAGAUACGGAACAAAAUAACAUGCAGAUAGUGCCAGUUGUGGAUAGCUCGCAGGACAAAAGGGUUAGGUUCACAACAAUCAAAGGCAGUCCUGAACAUGAAAGGCAAUUGUUGCGAACAACAUCUGAACAGUCAGUAAAAUGUAGGGCGGGAUCGAAGAGCAAGGCCAGACGUGUUUUAGAAGCUUUUGAAAACUCCAAUGGUACAAAUAUCAGGUUGUUGAAGGAGAGGGAAAAUUCGAGUGUCAACAGUAUCGAACUUUUGCAUGUUUCUGGAAAUUCAUUUGGAAAUGAAGUAAAGAGUGUCAUAGCGGGUAAAAACGAAUCAAAAAGUAAAGACAUGAGUGUGUCAGAUGUGUUGGAAACAGACUAUGGCAGGAUGGCUUGCGAUGUACAUGUGAAAGAAAUGUUGAGGAGAAAAGAUAUAGAAUUUCUGUCUGAGUCGCAAGACUUGGGAAACCAUAGCAUGCAAGGUCUGCAUGUGGCAAGUCAAUCUAACAGCAUAGAUGCAGUUGCACAUGUAGUUUCUGAAAAUGAUUUUGGCAAAACAACUCGCAAUUGCAAGAUUAGUGAAAAGUCCAACAAACAAAGAAUUGAUCGCCGCCACGUAUCUGAAUGUGCACAAAUGGCAAAAGCACAUGAGGUACAACAGACCACCACUUCCAAAGCAAAAACUGUAAACUUUUCAGAAACCACAGAAACAGAACAUGGGACAUGUUUGCAAGAACUGCACAUGUCAGAAAAAUCUAGCAAACUGCAAAGUGAAGAGUCCAUUUUGGUUCGAGACGAUAGUGGGCUACAGGCAAAAAUCACUUCUGGUCCAUCCCAUAAUACUCCACCUUCGUCAUGGGACAAAGAGGAGCUGUCCCUGACUCAGUCCUGGCUGCUCGCGGGGUGGAAACCAAACUACAACUCCUAUGGAGUCGUCACCCACAAGUGCACUAAACUAACCCCUAGUAGCACGGGAACUUCAGAUCUGACCAUGGUACCAGCACAAACAGCGGUACAGGACUCUGUUCCCAGUUCGGAGGUUGUACCACUGCACAUACCAAAACCUCCACCACCAAAACAAAGGGCCGGUCCUCCGAAUGAUAGCAAAGGAUAUCCACUGAACGAGACAGUGGGACGUAACCAGAACAUCCUGAGUCAGGAGGAGGCAGAGAACACACUGUCAGACUUCCGCCGGCGCAGGGAGAUGCUGCGGAGACAGUCAGAACACAGGCAGAAGAGUGAGGCAGAGGAGAAGGCAGCUGCCAUCCAGGCUGCUAAAAGACAACAGGCCCUGCAGUUCAUUAAACAAGACAUUGAUCGCCAUGAGUCCAAUGAGAAGAAAGUCCAGGACACUAUCGAAGCCAAGCGGUCCAUAACCAACUCCAUCCAGCAGCAUGAGAGGAACAGGGAGGAUGGACACUUCCAGCGAGACCAGGGCCGCGUGUCAGCACUGAGGCAGAGGCAGGUACAACAUGAGGUGCUGCAGCAGCAGAGAAUGCAGGAGAAAGAAGACACCAUCAGGAGAAGAAGAGAGGGCCACGAGGCUCGCGUCGCCAUGCACAACCUGCAGUCAGAAAUAAAGUAUGACGUGGAACAGGGAAAACUUCAGACCAGAGACGCACGGAGAAAAAUAGCUGAAUCCCAGCGGCGGGAGUUCUUCCAUAAAAAGGAGAUGGCAGCUCAGGACAAGAAAAACUUAAAGGCAACAGUAGACGAGCAAAAGUUACAAAUGUACAGAUCCCAUGUUCUACCGUAACUACCUAUAGUCAACUAUGCAAGAAUUGUAUAUGUGCAUUAGAGAAGAUAUAACCAUAUCUUAGUAUACUUGACUACUGGGAUUACUUUAUACAUGAAAUCCAUGUAGCAAGUUGGGAAGGCUAGCUACUAGGUUUUAAAAUGUAAAUGUUCAUGUAUAUAA